AUGCCCGCUGCGAAGCACGUUAUGGACGACUCCUCCGACUCGUCCUCGGACGAGUCCGUCGGUCGUUUGCCUUCGCCUCCGAAGCGGGCGAGGCCUGAGCCCAGCCCUCCUCAGUCAUGCGACGGAGAUGGCCCGUGUACCAACGAUGCGCAGGGUGACCCUCAGUCUCCCGGCAUCCGUCGCUCGGGUCGUAAGAAGGGCUCUGAAGGCCGAAAGGAUAAGACGAAGAAGAAGGACAAGAAGAAGGACAAGAAGAAGAAGGACAAGAAGAAGCAGCUCGAGGUUGAUGGUGGUAACGACGCUGAUGGCGAUGUCGAGAGCGAGGAGGAGACCACCAAAGCAAGCGCCUUCGACAAGUUUGGCUCCCUAGUGGUCCACGAGACGGUGACUCAGGGUACCGUCCCUCGCGUCGACUUCGAGACCGUACUCAAGCCCAAGCCCCACAACGCCGUGCCCAAGCCUAUCGAGAUGACACGCAAGGCGUUGCUGGCGAAGACAAAUGCGGCAGGCCCACGCAAGAACAUGUCAGAUGACGAUGACAUCGGGUCGUCGCCAGACCGUAUGGCCGCGGGCCCGCGCGCGCACGGUUCGGACGGCAAUGGCAUUGGGCCGUCGCCAGCCCCUUCAUCGUCCCCCCAACGCGACACCAUAUCUGCUCAGCACGUGCCUCCGCCUACGCAGCCCAUGCAACACGCAUCAUCCGACAGCCCCGCCGCUCAGCCUACGAACGUUGCCCAAGCUGCAGGGACUGCACUUCAGCUCAUUCCCGGGCUUACCCCAGGCCCACGUCACCGCUUCAAGGCUGCGGACUACUGUGGAGAUUCUAAGCAAGUCAUCUUGCGCGCGUCCCGCCAGUAUGAGGCGUACAUCAUCUCGCGUGAUCCGUUCCCGGACGCUGUCAAGCAGCGCGUCUGGGUGCAGAAUGCCUGGAUCGAUGCUUGUCAGGUUCUCGGGGUCAAUCUGGACUGCGACGACAAUGCUCGGAAGCUUAUUAUCGGCCGUGGCUCUCGCAUCCGAGGCGAGAUGAUCAAGACGACCCGCAGCAAGGUCAUCGCGCGCUUUCACUUCCGCACCUCGAAGCGUCAGGCUGUACUGUCGCAGAAUCGCAAGCAGCAUGACAGUCUUAUCAAGGACAACAGCUACCUCUAUCAGGACGAGAAGACGGGCUCGGGCUACUGUCACUCGCGCCUAAUUCUGACCAUCCUGGAGGAGACUCUCUUCAGCUCGCAGGACACGUCGUUUGGUGUUGUCUAUCGUGAAUAUCUCGACCCCCUCCCUGUCCCAACCAUUGCGCUCGUUUAUACCAUGGUCUUGCACACAAUCAGCGAGUGGUCGACGGGUCAUUAUAUCCACAAGAAGUUUUCGGAGGGCCACGCCAAGAGGUCCAUGUACGAGCCCCACCUCCGCCUUGUCAAGGAUUGGGACGAUGAUGAGCCGAGCACCACGAGGAAGAUGCGUGCCCGCUGGUACAAGAAGAUUCGGGCGCUGGCCGGAUUCGACGACGUCGACACACCUGUCAUCGCAGUGUCUGAACAAGCGCGUCUGAAGGCUCGGGAGGAGUUGAGCAAGCAUACCGGCGAUACGGACACGGAAGACGAGGGGGACAACGACGCGUAG